AGCUUCAACACUGGCCGCGAACAUUCAACACAUGGAAACCCCGCCUCUUGUGUAUUAUGUUUAUUGCGCGAAUGCAAACACUUGACGGUAUUAUUUAUUCACUGCGAGCCUUGAAGCUUGAAGCUUGAUUCAUCGCCGUCCUUUGGUGUUGCCACAGGUAAUUAUAUCAUAGAUCCAUGUAUCCAACACUCCAUGCCACUGAUCUCAGUGAUCUGCCCCAACACAGGAUGGACCUACACUGGAAUUCCGCAGCCAAGACAGCCACUGCAAUGGUCGAGGUUCUCGAACGACAGAAUAUCAACAUCAAAACCCAUGGGAAACACCUAACAAUAUCUGUGCAUUUGACGCACUCGGAGAACCACACAAAGGGCGGAUAUACGGUGCAUGGCAAGUCUUCUAGGUUAUGGUGAUCGCAUCAUCCAGGCUGAGCGCUUAGGCUUUCCAUGCCAUGAUGGAGAAUGUAAUGGUUACCGUGCGCUUCAUCGCGUGAAGAUGCGAUCCUAUCUGCAUGUUGCGCCAUGUGUUUACUUCGGAUUUGUAUCUUUGGCAUCCUGUG